AUGUCAAAGACUGAUAAUGAGAUCAUCGAACUAAUAGAAAGAGGAAAUUAUGCAUUGGCCCAAUCACAACUAUCUAAACAGAUCAAAAAGUUCCCUCAAAGAAGUUAUUAUUAUGCUUUGAAUAAUGAAAUAUUAUCCAAGAAGGGAGAAACAGAUCAAGCCAUUCAAAACAACUUAAAGUUAAUUGAAAAGAUUCCUAAUGAUAGACAAACACUUCAAACACUAUGGAAGUUCUUUGAUGAACAUGGAAUGGAAAAAGAAUCUAAUGUAAUCUUUGAAAAUUCCAUCAAGAAAUAUCCUAUUAACAGCGAGUCAAUCAUACUUGAUUGGUUCCAAAUGUCAAUAAAUAAGUUCAAUUUGAGGUUAUUUAAUAAGAUCUUCAUCAAUCUCCACAAAUCAAAUAAAGAUAAUAGAAUUUAUUCUUUUUGGCUCGCCUUUAGUUACUAUUUAUUAAUUGAAAAUCAUGAAGCCUUAAAGGUUAGUGAUAAAGAGUUAAGCUUAUUUAAACCAUUAAGUAUUAAAAUUCUCGAUGACAAUUUAAAACCAUUCAAAAAUACUCAAGAAUUAUUUGUUUAUCUUAAGCUAUUGUCAUUAUCUGAUAAAAAUGAUGAGAUUUUAACUACCCUCGAAGAGUACAAGGCAUCAUCUGUGUUUAAUUUCGAUUUAGAUUUGAAUUUAAUGUAUCUUGAGACUUUGAAUGUUACAGAAAAUUGGUCAAAAUUAAGUCAAUUUUCAGAACAUUUAUUAUUUCAAGAUAAAUUUGAUGAUUUUGAUACUUGGAAGUUAUGGAUUAAAUCAAAUUUUCAAUUGAAUACGAGUUCUACUGACUUAAUUUCGAAAAUCAAUUCAUACCAAAUUAAGAGAAAUUCUUCUAUUGCGUUGAUUCAUAUCUCAAAAACUUAUGGACUUGAUAUUUUUCAACCUAUUGCAUCGUAUUAUACAAAAUUCAAUCAUAAGCUUUGCUGUUUCUAUGAUUUAAAGGGUUAUUUGUCUGAAAUUGAUACAACAGAGUUUAUUUCAGAAGUUGAUAAUUCAACUAUUUCAAUAUUAGAAACAUCAUCUAAUUCGAUCAACGAUUUAAUUAAGCUCAUAAAUAAUCAAAAAUUCUGGUUCUUACUAUCAAAAGACUCAGAAUUAACUGAGUUUAAUUCUUUGAAUUGGAAGAUUUACAAUUUAUAUAAAGUUAAUGAAUCUAUUAGAGGUGGUGAAUUUGAUAAUAAUCCUUUAAAUGAGUUAUUAUUAAUUUCAAUUAUUGUUGACUUAUCAAACGAUUCAAGUAUUAAAAACAUUGUUAAAAACAUUUACAUUAUAAACAAUUUGUUACAAGAAGACAAAUAUAAUCAUAAACUCAAAUUAUGGCUCAUGAAGUUGUAUUCAAACUUAAAUGCUAAUGACUUAUCCUUGGAAAUUUAUCAAAGCAUGAAUAUCAAAAUGAUUCAGCAUGAGACUUUGAGUCAUUAUAUUAUUCCACUCAAUCCUUCAAAGCAACAUUUAUCAGAUCUCGUAAACAUUUAUCGAUUCUAUUUAACUUCAGAUAAAGAAAUCGAAUCUAACAUAUUUGAAGGUUUUGAAAAGGGAGUGUUUAAUAAAUUACAGAGUUUUAUAAACUUUGGUAAACGUUUGAGUAAUUCAGUCUCGAGAAAUUUUAUAAUUCUGAACAUUAUUAAACAUUCGAUAGUUUUAGGUGACACUUCUUAUAUGAAUUACUUUACAAACUUGUUAAAGAAUACUGGAGAAGCUAUAGUUCAAAAUGAUAUGAUCGAUAAUAGAGACUUUAAUUCGGAGUGGAAAUUUGGUUUAUUAGAUGCUGAUUCUAAGCAUUUGAAUCAGGAUCUACUCAACGUUCCAAUUAAUUCCCAACAAAUUAACCCUACUAUCAUUAAAUUAAAUAUAUUAAAAUAUCUUAUAAUGUUUGAAACCAAAGAUGAGAUUAUCCAAAAGUAUCUAAAACUAUACAAUAAAUUUAUUUCAAAUUAUAAACCAAAGUUAGCAUUUGAUGUUUUGUUAUCUAAGAUUAACCAUAAUAUUUUAAAAUUAUUCAAGGGUCAUAUGAAUGCAAAUGAAUUAAAUUCAGCAUUGAAUUUCAUUGUUAAGAAUUUUAAACUUGAUAAAAUGAAAUCAAGCUUAGUACCAGCAUCUUCAAUAUUGUCUUGGGAAUUGAGUCACAACUUGACUAAUCUUAUAGAAUUGAUUCAAAUUACUUCAUUAUUUUUGAAAUCAUCCAAGGGCCACAAAAGUUGGCAAGAGAUCAAGAAUUGUCUUGAUGAUGUGAUUUCCGAAUUAAAGAAGUUCAAGUUCAAGUUCAAGGAAACACAAAUCCAACAGUUGAACGAGUUAAACUCUUCUCUAGAGAUAUCAGAAUUAGAUAUUGAUGUCAGAAGUUCUGCGGUUGUUAUUAACGAUUCCAUAGUAGCUUCUGCAGACCCAUUAAUCAAAGUCAUUCAAAACCUCAAAUAA